GCGCGUGCGCGUGUGGGAUCCAAUCUGCGGUUGAAAGCGUCAACAAAAGAUUAAAAAUGGUGCGUUGUUGUUGCCGCUGUGUGUUUGAGUUGGGUAGACGGGUGUGAGAGCGCUCGUCAGCAGCGCUACUGGAGAUAUAUACUUUCAACUGAGGUGAGGAUACUUAGAGCUUUGCGGUGUCAGCAAAAGCCUAAAUUAUGGUGGUAGAAAGAUCGGCGGAGCCCUGGUAACAAAGCUGGUGCGUUUUUUUCCUACCGCGAUUCCAGCUGCGUAAGAACCCCAAGCAAGCAAUUGUGCGCAGUGUGUGAGAUUGAUUUGUCCAUCCUUUCCCUUGCAGCAGACACAGCAUUUUAAUACAAAGAUACAGGGCAGAGAUAGUAGCUACGUAGCUAUCGACGUACCAUGAGUCGACACAAUGUUCACGAGAGUCAGCAAAGAGAGCUGGCCCAGUUGAGAGCUCAGAACCAAGAGUUGAUGCACAUCAAUGAUGAAUGGGACAAAGAGUACAGGGAGCAGAGAGAGGCGUUCCGCCGCUACCAGGCCGAUGCCCAAGCUGCCCAGACUGAGAAUCACACUGCCAUUGCUCGUCUGAAGAACAACCUGGCGACCGUCGAGGAAGAAAGAGACAGACUCGAAGACGAGUUGGGUCGCUACCAGCGGGAGCUCCACGCUCUGAGGGAGCGGUUGGCCGUGUCUGAGAGUAUGAGGAUGUGUGGAGGAGGCGGAGAGGUGGUCAAACUCGAGGAAGAGCUCUCUCUACUGAGGCAGCAGGUCAAGGCAUAUGAAGAAGAUUUCGAAGCGGAAAAGAGAGAGAAGGAGAGGCUGAGAGACGAGAAGCACUCGGCGGCAGUACGAUACGAGGCUGAGAAGACGUCGCUCCAGCUGCAACUAGACCGUUGCCAGGCCGACCUGGCCCACUUCACCGCCGAGGCCAACCGCCUCGCCCAGCAGCUGAAGCUGAAGAACCAGUACGAGGAGGACCGAUACAGGGAGCACCUGGAGAAUAAGGGGUUUGUUUCGCGGUCUCCUGGGAGUGGUCUACCUCCUCUCGAUCCGUAUGUGGAGAUUGAUCAGAAGAACAUCCUCCUUCCGCCUCACCGAGCUGCCAGCAACGGACUCGCAAGCCGAUCAAGGAAUACCGUGCAAAACGGGACUCUUCACAAUGGGCACCCCCAACUGGUGACCAACUUUGCCAAACUGUCAGUCGGAAAUGAAUACGUCGUCCCCACAGCCAGACUAAGCAAUGGUGGUUGGUUGCCUCCGGUGCAUAGCAACGGUCCUCGAAGACAAGGUGCCAAUGUCUGUCGUCUUGUGGCCCGUGGAGUGGAGAAGGAUGUGGUGUCAAUCAAGAACAACUCUGACGGACUCAGCAGCAGUGACAGCAGUUCCUCGGUGGACGACAGCGAUGGACUCGAAGAAUGCGUCCCUGACCUUUCUCCCCCUCCUCCACCGCUCGCCAGCAAAGGUCGCCACGCCUGCCCACACUGCGCCAGACGCUUCCAAGACAAGAAGACCUUCCAACAGCACAGGGACAAAUGUCUUGCAUAACUAUACUAAAGUAGGACCCCCAAGUGUGAUGCAUUUGUACAUAAUUUUGUUUUUUGCAAACCUUCUUCUUUAUACCCUCCACUGAAGGA